ACUUCAAUCGAUCAGGAUGAAGAUUUACGCCUUACUUAUCGCUAUUUGUGUUGUAAAUUCUGUAUUUACCGAGAAAGUGCCCACUGCUCAACCUACAUUACAACAGACAAGCUUUGAGGACAAGAGAUGCAAGUGUGUGUGUCCAAAACUCGUCUCCAAUGUCACCAAAAAUGAGCAGAGUGUUUACAUCAAAGAUAUCCUUGAUCCUGAAGAUUGUAAAUGCAAGCAUGUGGUGACCAAUGCUACAGAUGAACUGUGUGUACAGUGUGAAUGUAAAUAUGAGGAACGUAACACAACCACCAUCAAGGUGGUGGUGAUUUUCAUCAUCUGUGUGGUGUCACUGCUGUUUGUUUACAUGCUGUUCCUUCUGUGUCUGGAUCCACUGAUCGCACGACGGCCAACACAGUACCAACAACAGACAAAUGAGGAGGUGAAUUUGGAUGACCACUCUGUGUCUCAGAUGUCCAGUCGUCCAGAAAUGACAAGACAAAGAUCAAUUAUAAACCGUGUGACGGAUGAACAGAAGAAGUGGAAGGGAACCGUACAGGAGCAGAGGAAGACAAUCUACGACCGACACGCCCUCCUCAACUAAAACAUACUCCUUAAGUCAUGAUGGUAGCAUAUGUUGAAAUGGAGAAAAAUGAUACAUUAAGAUCUCAAUAUGAUAAAUAUGGUAUUUGCUUCAUGUUUACAACAGGUAUCUUGGCCUGCCUACUGUGACUUGAUUAAUCAAAGAAAUAGCCAAUGUAUUGUACUAUGUUACCAUUUGGUUAUUGGUAGUAUGUACAUGAUGUUAUAGAUAUAUUUCCAAUGUUGGUUUUUAAAGAAAAUUAAGGCAUCAUUGAGACCAUGUAAAAUGUAGAUGGAGGAAAUGUUUUAAAAAAAAGUAUACUGUUAAAUAUUUACAAAGUUCUUAAUGGGAAUGAGAUUUCUAUGGUAGUUUGUAAACAUGCACAAGUCAUUAUAACAUUUUACUACAAAAAGUUGUAACAACAAAUACCUUGGUACAUGUUAUUACUGUUCCUUUACAGGUCAGGGUUAUUAUCAUAGUAAGGAAUCAAACAGAAUUUCUUACACAUUGAGAUUUGUGUCAUACAUAAAAGAUUAGCAAUCUGUUAGUGAAUCAUUUCUUUAUAGUUCAGUUAGAAAGUGCUUUUAACUAACCUGUUUAUAACAGUCACCUGUGUAAACCUUGGUGAUCUUUAUAGUUCAGUCAGAAAGUGCUUUUAACUAACCUGUUUAUAACAGUCACUUGUGUAAACCUUGGUGAUCUUUAUAGUUCAGUUAGAAAGUGCUUUUAACUAACCUGUUUAUAAUAGUUACUUGUGUAAACCUUGGUGAUCUUUAUAGUUCAGUUAGAAAGUGCUUUUAACUAACCUGUUUAUAACAGUUACUUGUGUAAACCUUGGUGAUCUUUAUAGUUCAGUCAGAAAGUGCUUUUAACUAAUCUGUUUACAACAGUCACUUGUGUAAACCUUGGUGAUCUUUAUAUGCAGGUGUCAUUUUUAAAUGGAUGACUUUUAUACAAUGGCUAAGGUAUGAAAUAUGAACGGACAAGUAUUGGACAAACUGCCUACCUGUGAAUUUUGCAAUAAUACAGAGUGAACGGGUUCUGGUGUAUGUAAUUCAUUGGUGAACUUUAUAGACAUGUCAUGGCUUUACAAGAAGGAUUUGAUACAAACAAGAAGCAAAUGAUGGGUAAUACAGGGGUUAGAAUUAACUCACUGAUGUAUUUAUUUGACAGGGGAUUUAUGUAUGAUCACCACUGUAGAUUAAUACACUGUAUGUUCUAAUAACUGAUGUCAAUACCAGAUAUAUGUUAAGUGUGAUAGUAUUAGGGAUGUUAGUUUUCAAAAACUUAUUGUCUAGUUGUGAAGUGGAAAUAAGGACAUAUGUGUACCUGAAAAUAACUCUUAGUGUGCAUUCAUGUGAUAUUGUUCAGUUGUGUAGGUAAUGGCUCUACCGUGAUGUGAGGCUUUUUUUUUAAAUCGGGGGAAAUUACCCUUUGAUAGCAUGUUGUAAAAUUGUAUCCUUUAGGUGGAAAUAUCUGGAGUGUCAAAGCUGAAUUUCUGCUAGGAAAUAUUCUGGAAUUAUUUAUCACAAAGAUUAUCCCCCAACAGAAAACAUAACCAAAUUUGUUUCCCUUUACACCACCUUAAGUUAAGAUAUAGAUAAAAAUUAAUUUUUUGAAACAAAAAAAAUUACAAUAAAAAAAAAAUCUGAUCAAAACACAUGCUUGAUAUAGCAGUUGAUUAACAAGGCUCAGCUUUUGUAGAGUCAGUUUAAUUGGGUGUACAGUACUUUGUGUGUAUAUUUCAAUAUACAUAGAAACUGCCAAAGAAUUGUUUUGUUGUAAAUAGAUUGUUGUAUGAGAAAUAUUGUUAUAACCAAAAUAUCAGACUGGUCAGCUGUCUUCCUGAUCACCUGAAAUCAAUUUCUUUUGUUGAUUCUCAUAAGAUAUUCCAUUUUUUAUGAUCAUCAUAAACAGACCUCUGUCUGUAGAUUCAGUUCAGAGGUGUUGAUAGUGUUGUAUUUUCACAAGACAAUGAUAACUUUCAAUGUUUAAGAUCUUUGCUGUGAAACUUUGUUAUUAAGAGUGAAGCUUGAGGAGAUUAAUACUAUGUACAAUAGAACUUUAUGUAUCAGAAAUGAUAUAAACCCCAAAAUACUCUCUGGACAUGACAGAGGGUAUACGACUAUUCCAUCAUGGUGGGAAAAGUUGAUAAAAUUAAUGAGUACAUCGUAGACCACUUUUUGGUUAACCAGUUUAUGUGGUUCAGGUGAAACAGAAUUAUUCCGUGAUGUAAUAACCCAGUUUAUACUUGGUGUAGAAAGUGUGUACUUUAAGGUUUUCUAGAUGAAAAGAAGCAAUGUUGACCUGUACCCUUUGUCAUGUUGAAAAUCAGCUAUAAAAUGUAUUUAGUCAGUUGACUAGGUAUGAUAGGUCUCCUUGGACAGCACAUGCUGUAUAAUCAGCAGGUCAACUGUGAUCCUGGUCUGUGCUUGUCUUUUUUCCCUCAGGUUCAUCUUUUCCAACCAUUUCAACUGCUUACAUGAAAGCAAAUGCAGUUUCUGGACUACUGAGUGAGGAUGGUAUUUCCUUUGCCGUGUAUGUAUGUGUGUAUGUGUUUGUGAUUGUGUGUGUGUGCGUGUGUGUGUGUGUGCGUGUGCGUGCUUGUGUGUAUUACAUUUUGAUUUUGUUUACAAUUAUACUGACAGGUAGUUUAAGAGUGGUGCGCAACCCUUUAAGAAUGCCAUUAAGAACAAAUUUACUUUUCAUUAUCUUUGUUGAACUCCGACAUUCUGUUUUAGCAUAAUUGAAUAUCAUCUUCACACCAUAUAUAUGACUGGUCAUAUGAAUCAUAUGGCAUCUCUUCCCUGAAAAAGCAGAAAAAAGUUUGAAAUUUUGUACUUAUAAUGAAGCACUACAAAAAUACAAAGACACUGAAAUCCAUUGAUGAAGAAGCCAUAACAGUUAAUGUGUGUUUCUGUUGUGUCAUUUUUAAGAAUCUCUGUCGUGGCUGUCAAUGAGAGAAGAAAAACAUUUACAAUUGAUUUCUGAAAGUAUUUGAACAUUUCAAGUUUUGGUUUAUAAAUAGAUAAUUUCUGUGGUGGGUUGGAACUUUCACUGUGAAUGUCUCGCUUGCUAAUCACCAAGAUGUCUAAAAUUUGGUACCUCAAUUUGAUAUGAAAAGGCCUAGGAUUAUCCAUCUGUCUGUCUUGGGUAUUAUCAAGGUAAAAGAGAGAGCAGCAACUCCUGAUGUCAGGUUUGGAAAACGUCUGACUGCAGACAUGUUCCAGCCUCCUAGGCAGGCCAUCAACAGGACACAGUUUAUUGAUGUGACCGUUACAUUUUGAAGCUGAAUAACGGUAGAUGUUAAGUAACUAACACAAUGGAAAGUAUAAUAAUAUUACCCAGGAAGUGAAAGGAACAGCAAGGCAUCCAAAUGAUUAUUGGUCAAAGUAAAACAAAGAUUGUCAAAAUAAUUGGGUAGAUAAAGUUUAAGUCUUGAGUAUUGUAAAGUGCUGGACGAAAAUGAGUUAUCAAUUUAAGUGAUGAUACAACAGAUCCUCGUAAUUUAUUUGAAUUCUAUCUGUGAUAUUUAUGUUUUUUUGUUUGUGGUCACGUAUAUAUUUACUUUUAUAUUCACAUUUGUUUGCCCAAAAAACUGUAGGUCAAUCUUUUCUGGUAAAUCAGGUUUGAAAAAUGUAUUGGAAUUAUUCAUUUUGAACAGAUGUACAAUCAAUAACAUCUCGAUAUUUUUACAUGAAGUUUAUAACUCUGUACACAAUAAUUUAUUAAGUAAUCAGUAGGAUCUUUUCACACUUUAAGCUGCAAACUGCAGUUUGAAUCAGGUUGCGGAAAUAACCGAUUAAAAAAAGAGCAAGCAAAUCCUGUCUGCCUUUCAAUGUGAAAAUAUUUGACUCCUUGAUUUACAUUACAUUGUGCUCUUUCCAAAUUGUUGUGUCUAUGUAUGAGUUAUUUUAUAAAUGACCACCAUUGUAUGUUGGUAUUUUUAUUUACAUACAAUUGUGUUGUUGUUCAUGCAAUUUUUGCCUCCCAUUUAAUUUCUCCAGAAGUUUAAACUGAUUCACUCUUUCCCUUUUACUCAAAAUUCAUGAAAAGACUUUCUAUAAAGUAUAAAUACAAUUAAACAUGAUAGCUUUAUAUCAAUUUUUUUCACUAAAAAGAUAAACAAAAAAAGGAAAAAAUAUAAACCUUGGGUUUAUGGAUUACAAUAAAUCGUUUUUUCCCAGUUUAGUGAGAGUUGAAGAUUAAGAUCUGUCCUACAUCAUAUUUACUGUAUGUGAAGUCCUACAUCAUAUUUACUGUAUGUGAAGUCCUACAUCAUAUUUACUGUAUGUGAAGUCCUACAUCAUAUUUACUGUAUGUGAAGU